GGAGCUGAAAACAUAGACAAAUGGUUGAACAAAGGAAAAACGUGGCGCAACCCAAUAGGAGGGAGUGAUUUUUCAGUACCGAACGGAUAUAUCCUACGCAUUCGAUACACUUUUGAACGAUUCGAAUUGAAACCUUCUCUUCUCCACACUUUCUCUCUCAUUUCUCUGGCUCCGAAUCUGAGCCUUUCAAACACAGCUCAACUGAGUCAUGCUAGAAGGGUAGAUAGUGGAGUAGUUCAGAGUUCAGACUACAGCAACUCUCCUGCUUCACAGUUCCUCUCUCUCUCUCUCUGGAUCUCUCGAGAUCGGUUCCUUUCCAAUUCGCGCCCUUAUUUACGAUGCCUUCCAGAAGAAGAACGCUUCUAAAGGUUAUAAUCCUCGGCGACAGCGGGGUGGGAAAGACCUCUUUGAUGAAUCAAUAUGUUAAUAAGAAGUUUAGCAAUCAAUACAAGGCAACAAUCGGAGCUGAUUUCUUGACAAAGGAAGUUCAUUUUGAAGAUAGGCUCUUCACUUUACAGAUCUGGGAUACAGCUGGCCAGGAAAGAUUUCAAAGUUUGGGUGUUGCUUUCUACCGUGGUGCUGAUUGUUGUGUUCUUGUAUAUGAUGUAAAUGUGAUGAAGUCAUUUGACAAUCUGAACAACUGGAGGGAAGAAUUCCUUAUUCAGGCAAGCCCUUCGGAUCCAGAAAAUUUCCCAUUUGUUGUUAUUGGAAACAAGAUCGACGUGGAUGGAGGGAAUAGUAGAGUGGUUUCUGAGAAAAAGGCUCGCGCUUGGUGUUCCUCAAAAGGGAAUAUUCCAUACUUUGAGACCUCAGCGAAGGAGGGGAUCAAUGUUGAAGAAGCUUUCCAGCUCAUAGCAAAGAAUGCCCUUAACAGAGGGGACGAGGAAGAAAUAUACCUGCCAGACACCAUCGAUGUAGCAAACGGCAGUCAGCAGAAGUCAACUGGAUGCUGCUAAAUUUACUAUCUGAUAUUUUGUCGGAUGACAAUAAAAAGCAUCGGGAACAUUGUAAACCUGUAUUGCUACUGUUUGUCAUUUCAUUGCUUUUCCGUGAAGAUACACUUGUACAUUAGAGUAUUUGUAUGAACAGCAAAUUGGUCUCUUGAGUGCUGGUGAACUUGGUUUAUGGUUGCAAUAUAGGGAUCCAUAUUUUGCUUUGCAUGCUCAAAA